GGGAGAUACUGAGGACGUAAUGUGAGGAAAUCCCACAGGAAACACGCAGAUGAGUCCUGAUGGACGUCCCGGCACACAUCUUCAUUGUUAUUCUAAUAACACAUCUGUAUUUGUUUCCCAGUGUCAUGUGUCUGCUCAGGUCCGUCUCAGCAGCAGGGACAUCCCCCAAACUGCCUGUCAGCCAAUCCCCUAAUGCAUGUGCUGCUCCAUAUUUACCAGCCCGGACCACCAUGACACUACCGACAGAGAUAACACAGCAACACAAGAGUUCAAGCAACAAAAGCGUGAAUUUGGAUGUGGCCAAACCUGAAGCAAAGACUGGCAACAAAGCCCCCAUCAGAGCCUCCGGCCCUGGAGCCAGCGCACCCAAGUUCAAACAGAGGAGCACCCGCCAGUUCAAGAGCAAGCCUCCCAAGAGGGGCGUCAUCGGCUUUGGAGAGGAGAUCCCAGGAAUGGAGGGGCUUGGCACUGAUAUCACUGUAAUCUGCCCAUGGGAAGCAUACAGCCAUCUAGAGCUACAUGAACUGGCUCAGUAUGGUAUAAUCUGAGUCCCUUUGAUGAGAAAUUAUAUUUACACCUACCAAAGGGAACUGAUGAGGCAGAUUCAACAAGUGGAACUGCAUCAUCAAUAUUGGCUCUUCUACUGUAUAAUGGUAAACCACAUACUAAGAACUAACAUGUAAAAAAUAUGUCUGCAUUUCUAUUUUUUUCCUAAGUUGUUUUAUAUAUCAAAUGUAUUUUCAUAAGAAUUUCAAGCUGUCAUAUUAAUGUCCAUCACCUGAUGAUGCUGAAUGUGUCUGAGCUGUAGGUUAAUAUGAACGCGGUCACUGGCUUCAAUUGUCAGCAUCAUGUUUAAUUAAACUCAGAAUAAAGCUUGUUUUUUUUUUUAACAACACUAGUUUUUCUUUCUUUUCCUCUCUGCCAAACUUAGCCGGUUAUUAAACCAUGCUUCUGUGUUAAAAUCAUUCCCAUUAUGAUGUUUGUCCCUUAAAAAAAAAAAAAGUAUGUUAAGUUAAAGCCACUCUUACCUUUCUUGCAUUUCACACAGCACCCCUCCUCCUGCAACUCCAUCUCCCUCCAAAGGCCUACUCCCCCCUCCUCCAUUACGUCCUCAUUACGUCUAUGAUAGACGUAGGCGUUGGCAAGGUAACAUUAGACACACGGAAGAGGAGAGCGAGUGUAACGUUCACAACAAAGACACUCAAACGCAACCCCAGAGUUUUAAAACUCAACCGGAGUCAGUGAUGACUGAUGAGUUUUAGAAUAAGGUUACAGUUAACGUUGGAUAGUAGCGUUAACAUUACUAGUAAGUGGAAACGCACAAGGAAGAUAACGUUAAUGUUUCAGAGGCUAAGCUACAGUAGGCUAACGUUAGCCAUUAGCAACUGAAUGCUGUGUUAUAUUAGAAGUAGUCUCUAUAUACAGACUCUACAUUCAGUGAAUGUAGAGUCUGUAGGCAAACCCCGGAGAUCUUGCCUCCGGAAGAAGAGCGGAAGAGCCCUGGUUUCCGGUUGUAGGGUAUUUGUAGUCCACGUGAUAUUGACCAACCACGUUUGAGCCGGCUGCAGUUGUUGCCAGGUUAAACGGUCCGUGCGGUGAACUAACGAGGCGGAACAUAAUUGGCAUCACUGUAAACUCUGAAUCCAUCGCAAUGGUUCAGCAUAUUUACUUAUAUAUAAACAGAAGUCGGAAACGGAAAUUCGCCUCCUCCGCCCAAAUCAAACCGGAAUGCCAAAAAAUCGGGGGUCUGCCCCCAGAGGCUGUAUCGCCGUCUGCCGGAAGUCAGACGCCGAAUACAGCUGAUGGGUUCCGAGAAUGUAUUAGAAGUAAACUUAACUUAACGUUACCUGUCCUGCACAGUCAAACGGGGGAUGUUACGCAAGCGGUUACGUCAGUUGGAGGCCUCCACAUGGGGAAGACAGACAGGACGCUCGACCGAAUGCAGUGAUUGGUCGAAGUUUUCUUAGAACCAUAUGAGAAUGGUACAAUUCUGAGUUGUUAUCUCUGGUGGAAUUCACUUACAUUUUAGUGUGCCAUCAGCUUAUUAAUAGCAUUUUAACCUAAACAAAGGAAAGCAUAAAAGCCCUGAAAAAAGUUGAGGCCAGCUCAACUUUUAGUUAUAGUGCCUCACGCCUGUCCACAACAUGAAAUGUCAGGCAUCAGUUUGUAGCUACGUGUCACCAACUUCCAUUGAAAAUGACU